AUGUAUAGUAUUUAUUGUAAUACAUUUUUUCUUUUCUUUCUUCUUUUCUUUCCUUUUUUUCUGCAUUUCUUUUUACUUUUACUUUUCAUUAUAUAUGUCACUUCCUUUCUUGAUUUUUUUCUUUCUUUCUUAUAUCAUUAUGUUAUUUCCCUCUUUAUCUUUCGUUUUUUUUCUUUCUUUUUCUUUUCUACAGAUAUUUUAUUAAUUCUCUUGCCACUUUUCUUAUUUUUUCCGUUUUUGCUUCUUUCAUAUUUUCCACCUUUUCCUUCUUCAUCUCUUUAUCCCUUUUCUCUAUCCUUGUCUUCUCCCGUUCUGGCACAAUAUAAAGACCUAGGUGAGACUGAAAAUAGAAUUUCUUUUUUUUGUUCGAUCGCUUCUUUCUUUUUUAAAUUUUAUUUCUUCCUUGUUUAUUUUUAUCUAUUUUUCUUUUCAUAUCUUUCCUUUAUCGUCUUUUUAAUUUCAUCGUUUCUUUAUUUUUUCUUCCGUUUCUUUUCGUUAUUUCUUUUUUUCUUUUUUAUUUCUUUCUUUUUUUUUCAUUUUACACUUUCUUUUACUCUUUUCUUUUCUAAUUAUAUGUUCUUUCUUUCUAUUUUUACAUUUUCUUUUCAUAUUUUUCUUCUUUUACAUUUUUCUUUCUUGUUCAUAUUUCUUUCUUUUUUCUUUCUUUCUUUUCUUCUUUGUUCUUUUAUCUUUCUUUCUUUGUUCUUUUUCUUUCUUUUUUCUUUUUUCCUUCUUUCUUUCUUGUUUUAUCUUUCUUUUUCUUUCUUUUUCUUUUGUAUUUCUUUAUCUAUUUGUGAUUUUACCUUUCUUUCUUUUUUCUUUUUUCUUUCCUUCUUUCUUUCGUUCUUUCUUUCUUUAUUUAUUUAUUUCUUCGUUCUUUUAUCUUUCUUUGUUCUUUUUCUUUCUUUCUCCUUUUAUCUUCCUUCUUUUCUUUUUUUUUGUUUCCUUCUGUUUUGGUUCUUUUUUCUUUCUUUCUUUCUUUCUUUCUUUCUUUCUUUCUUUCUUUCUUUCUUUCUUUCUUUUUUUCGUCUAACUUCCCCUUUCUUUCAUUUUCUCUUUUACAUUUCGUCUCACUUUUCUUCCUUUUCUCUUUCUAUCUCACUUUUCUUCCUUCUCUCUUUUUGUUUCAUUUCCCUUUCAUUCUAUCUUUUGCCUUACACCCAAUUUCCUUUCUUCUCUUUUUUACCUUUCUUUCUCUUAUUCUUUCUUCUUUAUCAUCUUUUCUUUCCUCUUUUUUUUCUUUUUUCUUUCUUUUCGUUAUAUUUAGACGUUAUCCUUUUUUUUAUUUUAAAUUUAAUAACUGGAAGAUCUAUAUUAUUUACAUUGGAUAAGCUUGUUAGUCUUUUCUCCCACUCUCUCUCUCCCUCUCUUUCUCCCUCCAUCUCUCUCUCUUCCUCACUCUCUCUCUCCCUCACUCUCUCACCCCCUCCCCCUCUCUCCCUCCCUCACUCUAUCUCUCUCUCCCUCCCUCUGUGUCUGUGUGAUAUUUAUUGA